AUGAUUUUAGAAAAUGACUUGGAUGCAAAUAUAGAAAAGUUGACCCAAAGAGUGAUAAGAUUGUAUCAUGAAAAGGAAGAUAGCAACCAAAGGUUAAUUGUAUCUGUGGCAGGAGUCCCAGGAUCAGGUAAAUCGACUAUAACAGCAAAGGUUUGCAAAAGCCUUAAUAAGAUGCUAGGCUUGCAAAUUGCUACUGUUUUACCACAAGACGGAUUUCAUUAUUACCGCAAGGAACUAAUGGAUAUGAGGAAUCCAGAAGCUCUUAUAAAACGAAGAGGAGCUCCAUUUACUUUCAACAGCUCGCGGCUCUUAGAACUGGUAAAGCAGGUCAAAAAAGACGGAAACACUACUAUAUUUGUACCAAGUUUUGAUCACGAGUUAAAGGAUCCACAAGAAAACUCUAUAGAGAUAUCUCCUCUGAUGAAGAUUGUUUUGCUUGAAGGAAAUUAUGUUCACCUAAAAGAUGAUGGAUGGAGAGAGUUACACUCACUUAGCGACGAAAAAUGGUUGAUUUUAGCUGAUUUGAACAUAAUUAAACAACGACUUGUGCAAAGACAUAUCCUGGCUGGAAUAUGUACCUCCAUAGACGAGUCAGUUGACAGAGUUGAGUCUAACGAUUUGAUAAAUGCAAAUUAUAUUAUUGACCAUUCUAUCCAGCCAGAUGUGAUUUUCAUGAACCAAUAA